AUGUUCACAAGCACCCACAUCCCCAAUAGUUUGGCCUCUCCCUCCCCUUCUGUGGCCGCCUCAGUGGAAACUUCCAAUGUCAAAACCAGAAGGCUCUAUCAAGUUUGGAAAGGAAACAAUAAAUUUCUAUGUGGUGGAAGAUUAGUGUUUGGUCAGGAUGCAUCAUCUCUUUAUUUAACAUCGUUCCUGAUUGGAGGUCCUGCAAUAACAUUCUGCAUAAGAAUGCUAUUAACAUUAAAAGAUGAAGAUCCUCUCUUUAGCCAACCUGUACUGAUUGCGGGAGCGGUUCUCACAAUUUUGGUUGGUAAAGAUUUUAUGUUUCUCUUCAUGACAUCUGGUAGAGAUCCCGGAAUUAUUCCCAGGAAUGCAACACUACCUGAUUCAGAUGACUUAGACACAAAUACAGCAUCCAUGGAGUGGGUAAACAAUAAGACCCCUAAUCUGAAAUUGCCCAGAGUGAAGGAUGUGAUAGUGAAUGGCCACACCGUGAAGGUGAAAUUCUGUGACACUUGCUUGCUGUAUCGUCCACCACGCGCUUCCCAUUGCUCUAUCUGCAAUAACUGUGUGCAGAAGUUUGAUCAUCACUGCCCUUGGGUUGGUCAGUGUAUUGGAUCACGUAACUAUCCAUUCUUCAUAUGUUUCAUAUCAUCAUCAACCUUGUUGUGUAUAUACGUAUUUGCAUUUUCUUGGGCUAACCUUCUUCGGCAAAAGGGUAGAUUGUUGGUCAUCAUGUCACAUGAUAUUCUAUCGGUUACUCUCAUUGUGUAUUGCUUCAUAGCUGUUUGGUUCGUGGGAGGGCUAACAGUGUUCCAUCUUUAUUUGAUUUCUACCAACCAGACAACUUACGAAAAUUUCCGGUACCGCUAUGAUAAGAAGGAAAAUCCAUAUACAAAAGGACUAAUGGCAAACUUCAAUGAACUUUCCUGUGCUAAGAUCCCAAGAAAAUUGGUCAAUUUCAGAGAAUUAGUUGAGGUGGAGGAUGAUGUUCAAGAUAUGUCCUAUACUUCGGAUCUUGAAAAAGGUUUUAUGAACCCAAAACAAAAAUUCGACAUGGAAAUGGGAACAAUGUAUGGCAAGGAAGGCAUGCGAGAUCCUGGCAUUUUAAAGGAUUUGGAUUACACUGACAUUGAUGAUCACCUGAAGAAGAAGGCAGGAGAAAAAGAAGGUACAUAUGAAAUUUUUGUUCCUGUUGAUCAACGGAAAUCCAAAACUACAGGAGAUAACACUCAUGAAGAAAGGAAGUAG